GGCGGUGCAACGACGCCGGUGCAUGCAGCAAGGUCGCCCGGUGAGAUGGACGUCCGACAUGGGGUGUAGACUCCUGCAGCGGGACUGAAGACGAUGGGCCCAGUGUCCCGGUGCCUGAGGAGAUGUCUCUGGGUCGGCUCCUGCGACGUGCCUCCUCCAAGGCCUCCGACCUCCUGACCUUUAACCCCGGGGCGGGGGGCUCAUCGCUGCGCUCGGGCUUGGAUGGCGAGAUCAUCUUCUCCAAAAAUAAUGUUUGCGUGCACCCUGCAGAGCCGCUGCCCGGCCUCGCCGAGCACCACCCAGGCUACCUGUGCGUCCACACGGAGAAGGAUGAGAGCCUAGGCACCACUCUGAUUCUGACCUGGGUGCCCAACUCCCGCAUCCAGAAGCAGGACGAGGAGGCGUUGCGCUACAUCACACCGGAGAGCUCCCCUGUACGCAGGAACGCACGGCGACGAGGCCGACGACCCCACUCCCGUCCCCCAGCAGCCCAGGAGGAAGAUGAGGAUGAGGAGAGGAACAUCACCACCAGCAGCACCUCCGCAGAGAACCACAGCCUUGCUGCAGAGGCAGGAGCGGAUCCCUCCUCACACCAGCAGCAGCUGCCCUCGGCGGGGGAGGAAGGCGACGAGGGCUCCUGUGAGCUGUCGGACGAAGUGAGUCGGGACAGCACCAUGGGAUCGGACUCGGACACGUUCUCCUCCCCGUUCUGCCUGUCGCCCGUCAGUGAGGCCCUCUGUGAAUGCAGCGGCUCCGUCUUCCUGGACAGUGAAAGCAGGGAGCUGUGCGAGGAGUCCAUGACCUACUCCGCAAGCUCCGCCUCCAGCCUGGACAGCCACGCCCCCUCAGAGAGCGGCGGCAAUUCUCAUGGCCUGCGGUGGGAGGAGCAGCAAAAGGUGCUGGCUCUGGAGCAGUUGUGCGGCGUUUUCAGGGUGGACCUGGGUCACAUGCGGUCUUUGAGACUCUUCUUCUGCGAUGAGGCGUGUACCAGUGGCCAGCUGGUGAUUGCCAGCCGAGAGAGCCAAUAUAAGAUUCUCCACUUCCAUCACGCCGGCCUGGACAAGCUGGCUGAGGUCUUCCAACAGUGGAAGUGUUGCAGGGAAACGCAGCUUAAAGACCAGGUGUCUGAUGAGAAAUCCUGCAUGCAGUUUUCCAUCCAGAGGCCCACCCUGCCGUCCGCUGAGACUCACCCAGAGGAGAAGCUUUAUCGGCGUCUGGAUGUCACCACCUGGCUACGUCACCUCAACCACAACGGGCAGGUGGAGGAGGAGUAUAAGCUACGUAAGGCCAUCUUCUUCGGCGGUAUCGACCCAUCCAUCCGUGGCGAGGUGUGGCCCUUCCUGCUGCACUAUUACAGCUAUGACUCCACCUCUCAGGAGAGGGAGGCCUGGAGACUGCAAAAACGCUCCCACUAUCAUGACAUCCAGCAGAGAAGAUUAUCCAUGAGCCCAGAGGAGCACAGCGAGUUCUGGAGAAAGGUCCAGUUCACAGUGGACAAAGACGUGGUGAGAACAGACCGCAGCAACCACUUCUUCAGAGGAGAGAACAACCCAAAUGUGGAGAUCAUGAGGCGGACUCUGCUCAACUAUGCAGUGUUCAAUCCAGACAUGGGCUACUGUCAGGGCAUGUCUGACCUGGUGGCCCCCCUGCUCACUGAGAUCCAGGACGAAAGCGACACCUUCUGGUGCUUCGUCGGUCUCAUGGAGAACACCAUCUUCAUCAGCUCGCCGCGUGACGAAGACAUGGAGAGGCAGCUGAUGUACCUGCGGGAGCUGCUGCGUCUCAUGCUGCCUCGCUUCCACCAGCACCUGACCAGGCUGGGGGAGGACGGCCUCCAGCUGCUCUUCUGCCACCGCUGGAUCCUGCUCUGCUUCAAACGAGAGUUCCCCGACACCGAGGCUCUGCGCAUGUGGGAGGCCUGCUGGGCGCACUAUCAGACGGACUACUUCCACCUGUUCCUGUGUGUGGCCAUCAUUGUUCUCUAUGGGGAGGAUGUGACAGAACAGCAGCUCGCCACAGACCAAAUGUUGCUCCACUUCAGCAACCUCUCCAUGCACAUGAAUGGAGAACUGGUGCUACGCAAGGCCCGCAGCCUUCUCUACCAGUUCCGCCUGCUACCCAGAAUCCCCUGCAGCCUCCAUGACCUUUGUAAACUGUGCGGCCCGGGGAUGUGGGACAGCCGCUACAUCCCCACUGUGGAGUGUUCUGGUGAACACCCGGACUCGCAGAGCUGCCCCUAUGGAGGCACCUACCCCCAGCCCUCCUCCCCCUCCCUGUCCUCCUCACCAAACCCCACCCCCACGCCUCCACCAGAGGGCAAGAAAGGCUCCAAAACCCGGGAUAUUUUCACCUUCCGGAAACAGUCCUGAGGAUAAAGGCUAUGGGGAGCUUUGCUGGUCUUGGCUCACAUUGGCAAAUGUUUUGAAUCCAUCUCCUGGAUUCCUGAACUACUCGCCGCA